AUGGCUGACAUCUCUGAGUGUGAAGGACUCUCAGCUGGUCCCCUCUACUGUUUAUUCACAGAACCAGUGACUACACCUUCCAUCCAAUUCACCAAAAGCACAGUUGAAGACCUGACUUCUGUGUUCCUGAAGUGUUUGUCAAAUGACACUGGGAUCUCAAUCCAUUGGCUCUUCAAAGGACAGAGUCUCAGGAUCACGAAUAGUAUGAGGCUGUCCCAGAACAACAGCACCCUGGAAAUAGUCCCUGCCAGGAGGGAGGAUUCUGGAGAUUAUCAGUGUGAAGUAUCCAAUCAAGUCAGUGCCAAGAGGAGUGACCCCAUCCAUGUGGACAUAAUAGAGUCUCUUGAAGAGAAGUGGUCAGAGCAGCAUCCUGUGAUCUUCCUGAUCGUAGAAAGAAUGCUGUCAGUCUCCCCACUGAAUAUGAUGUUGGUUGUGGGUUUCCAUACUAUCAGAAGAGGACAGGCUGAAGCUGAGGACAACAGGACUCUCACUUUACUCAGUGUUGUGAGGACUGACACUGGACUCUAUGAAUAUGCUAACCCACCUCCACAGUACACUUGCUUUGUCAAUGGAGAGCUCCAGUCAUCCUCCCAAGAGCUCUGUAUUCCCAACAUAAAUACUAAGGAUAGUGGAUCUUAUACCUGCCACGUCUCUAAUGUCACUGUCUUCAGUAAGACCACAUUCAAGAACAUUAUAGUCCUUAAACCAGUGAUUACACCUUCCAUCCAAUUCACCAACAGCACAGUCGAAGACCUGACUUCUGUGUUCCUGAAGUGUUUGUCAAAUGACACUGGGAUCUCAAUCCAUUGGCUCUUCAAAGGAGAGAGUCUCAGGAUCACGAAUAGUAUGAGGCUGUCCCAGAACAACAGCACCCUGGAAAUAGUCCCUGCCAGGAGGGAGGAUUCUGGAGAUUAUCAGUGUGAAGUAUCCAAUCAAGUCAGUGCCAAGAGGAGUGACCCCAUCCAUGUGGACAUAAUAGGUGAGUGA